AUGGAGCAGAAUGACUUCGAUGCCUGCAUCAUCGGCGCCGGGCCAGGCGGUCUGGCGGCUCUUUCAGCUCUCAUUGAGCCAUAUUCAGCGGACCAGCUGUCUGAAGAUCAGACUACACGAGCCGGUCACGGUCAUGGCCUCCAGAAGAGGCGUGGUCCACGGGUUUGUGUUGUGGAUCCAGAGCCAUGGAUAAGCACCUGGCAUAAAAGGUUUAAGGCUUUGGACAUUCGGUGGCUGCGAUCACCGACUGGAGCCCACCCAGAUCUGUUUGAUGCAAGGAGCCUCCUCGCUUAUGCUACACUCCAUGGUCGCACAGAUGAGCUUUUAGAUUCAGGAGCUGUCAAUGAGGAGCUCCGUGCACUUGCUGAGACCCACACUGGUCUCUGGCAUCUGCCAUCUAAUAAACUCUUUGAAGAUUUCUGCAACGACUUGGCAACACGCUUGCCUCACACAUUCGUUCGUGGGAUGGCCGCAAGUGUGCGAGGCAGCGAUGGAAACUUCACAGUCAGUCUGACUGAUGGCAAAGAGCUCAGAGCCAGAGCUAUUGUGCUGGCAGUGGGAGUGCCAGGUCCAGCCAGAGUGUUGCCUGAGUUCGAUGGCGUGCCUGAACGUUUUAUGUUCCAUUCGGAUCUUCAUCAGGGCUCUCGCUUGAAGGAAGUCAAGGGAAACAAGAACGUUCUGGUGAUUGGAGGAGGUCUAACUGCUGUGCAGGCAGCGCAGCUUGCCAUCAAAAGAGGUUGCAGAGUGACACUCUGCAGUCGGCGGGAGCUCACCACUCGCCAUUUUGAUGUGAAGCCGACAUGGUUUGACCGACGUGUAGCAUACCGUCAUCAUUUUGAGUUUUUCGAGCAACCGCUCGAAUCUCGCCUGAAGCACAUCAAGGCAGCUCGAGUCGGUGGAAGCGUGCCACCAAUGUACAUGAAGGAACUCCGUGAAGCAGAAGCUCGAGGUGAGGUCGAGCUGAAAUGCGUGGAUGCGCAGCUUGACACCGUCUUGUCAGGUUGUGUUCAGGUAAAGCUUGGGAGCGAGAUGAGGCGCUUCGACCUCGUUGUGAAUGCUUGUGGCCAUGUUCCGGACUGUCGGAAGCUGCCGCUGAUCAGCGAGUUGCUGGAGAAUUUUCCGACAGAUGUCAUUGGCGGCUUUCCAGUGAUAUCGCAGGACUUGCAAUGGGGGAGCUGCAAACAGCUCUUCGUGGUUGGAGCCCUGGCAUCGCUCCAGGUUGGUCCAGAUGCAGGGAAUCUGAUGGGCUUGCGCCGAGCUGCCAACAUUGUGGCCAACGUUUUGGGGCUUCGAGCAUGGCUUAGGGACACGGCUUCUGUCCUGGGCAACAUCCGGGGUAACCGCUACGCUGCCCUUGGAUCGGACAGCGAGUCCGAGAGCGAUUCCGAGAGCGGCUCCAAAGGGAGCUCCGCCGAUUCGGGUGAGAGCUCGGCCAACGAUGAAAACGAAGUGUCCAAGCUAGAGCGGAAGUGCACAGAUGCGGAGGCCAGCACAGAAGCUUCCAGUGAUGGUGCUGGCGAUAGCCCGCUCGCACUCCUCGGCCAGGCAUGA